GCCGGAGGAGCGCGGCGAGGGGGUGGUGCGGGGUGAGGCCCCGCCAGCCAGUCGCGUCGCCUUCCCGCAGGGAGAACGCGGAGCGAAGGGAGGGGCGAGCGGCGCGCGCGGAGCCCGCGUGGAGGGGCGGAGGACAGCGGGCCGCGCCCCCGCUCCGGAAACUGCGCGCAGUGCCCUCGGGGCGCGAGGCCCAGGCCCGUCCGAGCGCCGCGGGGUGUCGCCGCCGCCGCCGCCACAGGACGACGUGGACGCGCAGCGGCGGGCGACGGAGGCGUGCUGCGGUCGCGCCCACUGCCCUCCCGCGAGCUCGCUCGCCCCCGACGUCAGGACGAUGGAGUGAAGCGCGGCCCGCGGUGGCACUUCCGCGUUGCGCCGCCGGAGCCCGAGGCCGCCGCCGCCGCCGCCUGGCGCGGCCGGCUUUUCUGCUGCCGAGGACAGGAUCCUCCUGCGUCAGGCCCGGAGGCCGCUGCGCACACACCGCGACUGGACCCGGGGACGCGCGUCCCGACCCGGAUUAUCGUGGCGCGGCUCCCGGCCGGCCCUGCUGCUCGCUGCCCCCUCCGCCGCCGCUGCCGUCCCCCUUCCCGGCGGGGGACAUGGCCAGGGUCUGACCCCGGAGGAGGCCGCACCCUCGCCGCACUCUGCGGCGGACUCUAGGCGAUGCCGAGCAGCUCGGACACGGCGCUGGGGGGAGGCGGGGGCCUGAGCUGGGCCGAGAAGAAGUUGGAGGAGCGCCGCAAGCGGAGGCGAUUCCUGUCCCCUCAGCAGCCGCCGCUGCUGUUGCCGCUCCUGCAGCCGCAGCUCCUGCAACCGCCGCCGCCCCCGCCGCCUCUGCUCUUCCUGGCUGCCCCCGGCGCGGCCGCCGCCGCAGCCGCCGCCGCCGCGGCCUCCUCCUCCUGCUUCAGCCCGGGCCCCCCUCUGGAGGUCAAGCGGCUGGCGAGAGGCAAGAGGCGCCCGGGAGGGCGGCAGAAGCGGCGCCGCGGGCCCCGCGCCGGGCAGGAGGCGGAGAAGCGCCGGGUCUUCUCGCUGCCCCAGCCGCAGCAGGACGGCGGUGGCGGUGGCGGUGCCAGUAGCGGCGGGGGUGUGACCCCGCUGGUGGAGUACGAGGAUGUGAGCUCCCAGUCCGAGCAGGGGCUGCUGCUGGGGGGCGCCAGCGCGGCAACGGCGGCGACGGCUGCCGGGGGAACGGGGGGCAACGGCGGGAGUCCGGCCUCCUCCUCCGGCACGCAGCGGCGCGCGGAGGGGUCGGAGCGCAGGCCGCGCCGGGACCGCCGCAGCAGCAGUGGCCGCAGCAAGGAGCGCCACCGCGAGCACCGGCGGCGGGACGGGACGCGCAGCGGCAGCGAAGCCUCCAAGGCCCGCGGCCGCCACGGACACAGUGGCGAGGAGCGGACCGAGGCCGCCAAGAGCGGCAGCAGCAGCAGCAGCGGCGGCCGCCGCAAGAGCGCCUCGGCUACGUCUAGCAGCAGCAGCAGUCGCAAGGAUCGGGACCUCAAGGCCCAUCGCAGCCGGACUAAGUCGUCCAAGGAGCCGCCCUCGGCCUACAAGGAGCCGCCCAAGGCCUACCGGGAGGACAAGAGCGAGCCCAAGGCCUACAGGCGGCGGCAGCGGUCCCUGAGCCCGCUGGGAGGCCGGGACGAAAGCCCGGUGUCCCACAGGGCCUCGCAGAGCCUCCGGAGCCGCAAGUCUCCCAGCCCGGUGGGAGGUGGCAGCAGUCCUUAUUCCCGGAGGCUGGCGCGCUCUCCGAGUCCCUACAGCCGGCGCCGUUCGCCCAGCUACAGCCGCCACAGCUCCUACGAGCGGGGCGGCGAUGUGUCCCCCAGCCCGUACAGCAGCAGCAGCUGGCGGCGCUCGCGCAGCCCCUACAGCCCAGUGCUCAGACGGUCUGCCAAAUCUCGAAGCAGAAGCCCAUAUUCAUCUAGGCACUCAAGAUCUCGUAGCAGGCACAGAUUGUCUAGAUCUAGAAGUCGUCACUCAAGCAUUUCUCCUAGUACACUAACUCUCAAGAGUAGUCUGGCAGCUGAAUUGAACAAGAAUAAAAAGGCACGAGCUGCAGAGGCAGCAAGAGCUGCAGAGGCAGCUAAGGCUGCAGAGGCAGCUAAGGCUGCUGAGGCAGCUGCCAAAGCUGCAAAAGCCUCAAAUGCAUCUACCCCUACUAAGGGGAGCACAGAAACUGGAGCCAGUGCCUCACAGACAAACCACGUGAAGGAUGUGAAGAAACUGAAAAUUGAACAUGCACCUUCGCCCUCAAGUGCUGGGACCGCCAAAAGUGACAAAGUAAAGGCAAAGCCACCCCUUCAAGUAACAAAGGUAGACAAUAACUUGAUUGUAGAUAAAGCCUCCAAGAAAACAGUUGUUGGGAAGGAAAGUAAAGCUGCUGCUACAAAGGAAGAACCAGUAUCUACUACUAAAGAGAAAACUAAGCCACUUACACCAAGCAUAGGCGCUAAGGAGAAGGAGCAACAUGUGGCUUUAGUGACCUCUACAUUACCCCCGUUACCUUUGCCUCCCAUGCUGCCUGAAGAUAAAGAUACUGAUAGCUUAAGAGGCAAUAUUUCUGUAAAGGCAGUUAAAAAAGAAGUAGAAAAGAAACUCCGAUGUCUGCUUGCUGAUUUACCGUUGCCCCCCGAGUUACCAGGAGGGGAUGAUCUUUCUAAGAGUCCAGAGGAGAAGAAAACAGCAGCACAGUUACACAGCAAAAGAAGGCCUAAAAUAUGUGGGCCUCGCUAUGGUGAAAUCAAAGAAAAAGAUAUUGACUGGGGAAAACGCUGCGUGGAUAAAUUUGAUAUCAUCGGAAUUAUUGGAGAAGGUACUUACGGACAAGUUUACAAAGCCAGGGACAAAGACACUGGAGAAAUGGUAGCCUUAAAAAAAGUACGUCUGGAUAAUGAAAAGGAGGGCUUCCCAAUUACAGCGAUUAGAGAAAUUAAAAUUCUUCGGCAACUCACCCACCAGAGUAUCAUCAAUAUGAAGGAAAUAGUGACGGAUAAAGAAGAUGCUUUGGAUUUUAAGAAGGACAAAGGUGCAUUUUACCUGGUAUUUGAAUAUAUGGACCAUGAUCUGAUGGGACUACUGGAAUCAGGCUUGGUUCAUUUUAAUGAAAAUCAUAUAAAAUCUUUUAUGAGACAGCUCAUGGAAGGCCUGGAUUAUUGUCAUAAGAAGAACUUUUUGCAUAGAGAUAUUAAAUGUUCAAAUAUCCUUCUAAAUAAUAGAGGACAAAUAAAGCUUGCAGAUUUUGGACUUGCUCGUUUAUAUAGCUCAGAAGAAAGUCGCCCGUAUACUAACAAGGUCAUUACGUUGUGGUACCGUCCACCUGAACUGCUCUUGGGAGAAGAACGAUAUACACCAGCUAUUGAUGUAUGGAGCUGUGGAUGUAUCCUUGGUGAACUCUUCACUAAAAAGCCUAUAUUUCAAGCAAAUCAGGAACUCGCACAGCUAGAGCUAAUAAGCCGUAUAUGUGGGAGUCCUUGUCCUGCAGUGUGGCCUGAUGUAAUCAAACUGCCAUAUUUCAACACCAUGAAACCAAAGAAGCAAUAUCGGCGAAAGUUAAGAGAAGAAUUUGUUUUUAUCCCUGCAGCUGCGCUGGACUUAUUUGAUUACAUGCUUGCCUUGGAUCCCAGUAAGCGGUGCACUGCUGAGCAGGCUCUUCAGUGUGAAUUUCUACGAGAUGUGGAACCCUCCAAAAUGCCUCCGCCAGAGAGGUUUUUGCACGCUGAGGCAAUGCACCAUAGUAAGAUGGCUGAGAGCCUUCCUUUGUGGCAAGAUUGUCAUGAAUUAUGGAGUAAAAAGCGAAGAAGACAGAAACAGAUGGGCAUGACUGAUGAUCUUUCUACAAUCAAAGCCCCCAGAAAGGAUCUGUCUCUGGGCUUAGAUGACAGUAGAACUAAUACACCCCAGGGUGUGCUGCCUCCUGCACAAUUGAAAUCUCAAAGCAACUCAAGUGUAGCACCUGUAAUAACAGGCCCCGGACAGCCGUUAAACCACAAUGAAUUGGCAAUUCUUCUAAACCUACUACAAUCUAAAUCAAGUGUUAAUAUGGCUGAUUUUGUCCAAGUGUUGAACAUUAAGGUAAACUCUGAGACUCAACAGCAGCUAAAUAAAAUAAACCUUCCUGCUGGAAUUUUGGCAACAGGUGAAAAACAGACAGAUCCAUCAACACCACAACAGGAGUCUUCAAAAUCAUUGGGAGGAAUUCAGCCUUCACAGACCAUCCAGCCUAAAGUGGAAACUGAUGCUGCCCAGGCUGCUGUGCAGAGUGCUUUUGCAGUUCUCUUGACUCAGUUAAUAAAGGCUCAGCAGUCAAAACAGAAAGAUGUCAUGCUAGAAGAGCGGGAAAAUGGAUCAGGACAUGAAGCUCCUUUACAACUCAGGCCACCUCCAGAACCCAGCACUCCGGGAUCUGGGCAAGAUGACCUCAUCCAGCACCAGGACAGGAGGAUAAUGGAGUUGACACCAGAACCAGACCGGCCUCGAAUUCUGCCCCCUGAUCAACGACCUCCUGAACCUCCUGAACCACCACCAGUCACUGAUGAGGACCUGGAUUAUCGGACAGAAAACCAGCAUGUACCCACCACUAGUUCUUCACUAACCGACCCUCAUGCUGGAGUGAAGGCAGCCCUCUUACAGCUGCUUGCUCAGCAUCAGCCCCAGGAGGAUCCCAAAAGAGAAGGUGGUAUUGAUUAUCCCACAGGAGACACAUAUGUGCCCACUUCAGACUAUAAGGACAACUUUGGAUCUGCUUUCUCUGCCGCUUCUUAUGUUAGCAGCGAUGGUCUAGGAAGUAGCUCUGCUGCUGCACCGUUGGAACCACGUAGUUUCAUUGGGAACUCAGAUAUUCAGUCUUUGGAGAACUACAGUACUGCUUCAUCUCACACUGGUGGCCCACCUCAAGCUUCUGCCUUUUCCGAGUCAUUUCCCAGUUCAGUAGCUGGAUAUGGAGACAUUUACCUCAAUGCUGGUCCCAUGUUGUUUAGUGGAGACAAGGACCAUAGAUUUGAAUAUAGCCAUGGUCCUAUCGCAGUCCUCACAAACAGCAACGACCCUUCCACAGGGCCAGAGAGUACUCAUCCCUUGCCAGCAAAGAUGCACAACUAUAACUAUGGUGGUAACUUACAGGAAAACCCAGGUGGCCCUAGCCUCAUGCAUGGGCAGACCUGGACUUCUCCUGCCCAAGGACCUGGAUACUCACAAGGAUACAGAGGACACAUUAGCACAUCAGCUGGCAGAGGUCGAGGCAGAGGGUUACCAUACUGAGUAUCUUGUUUUUCCUCAGGCACAUCAUUUUUAUCUGGAAAGACUUUUCUAGCUGCAAUUUCAGGCAGCAAUCCAAGAGACUUGAAUAAUAUUAAUUCAACAACAGCUUUAUUUUUAUGUGGAAAAGGGUCUUGCAUACAAUAGUGAAAAACAAAAACAAAAAAAACUUCGCUUAAUUUCAUGCUGUUCUUAAAACUAGCUCUAUUGAUUGUACAUCGUCACAGAUUUUAGUUAACAGUUUUAUUUUGUAUUCUUGCAGUUUUAAGUGGAUGCUAACAUUAGGGACAUAAUGUUUUUAUGGCCCUGUUGCAGAUCUUCUGAACUAUGCACACUUGUGCUUUUUUUUUGUAAGUUUGGACCAACUUUUAUGUAACAACCAACCCUUUCCCUCACCCUUCCAGUUUUACAACAAUCAGAAAGGGCACUGAUUUAUUUGGUAUUUUCUUUUUACAAAGCUACCUUUAGUCAAAGGUCACUGUCAGUCUUUGCACCUGCUUUCAGUGUUAUUGUGAAAGGUGUACUUUGUGCUCAUUUCAGAAAAUAAAACACAACCUUUCUCUUGAUGCAACAGUUUUAUAUAAAAAAUGGUCAACAUUAUUUUUGUUUUGUUUUUCAGGUUACCAUAACCCAGCAAAAUUCAUUUAAAUGAAAUAGUGGUUUUUAUAUGAAAACUAUGGGCAGGGUGGGAGGGGUUGAGUAAGUGCCUUAACUGGUAAGCUUAAGGACUGAGGAUGAGGUUAGCCUGUACACCCACUUGUCUUUUAAGGGAGUCUGCAUUGUUUUGAAGAAGCAGGAAGCUCUCAGUUUUUAGGAGUUGCCUGGCCAGUUCUGUUAAGUCCAUUCCCUCUGCCUGUCACACUGUCUUUUUCUGCCUGUCUUUUGCCUGUGUUAACUUUCACUGUUACCUUCUUUUGGUAGUGGUAUAAGAAAAGAAAGGGAGAACUCAGUACCUUCUGUUACUUCUGAGAAGUACUAAAAAACAUUAUCACUUAAUUGUUUGAAAGUAAUAGCUGGCUGAAUUUUAGAGUACUCUCUUCUUUCUGGCUGCCAUGCUGACCCAGUUUCUACUUGGAGAACAGGAUUUUUGAAGCAAGUAUGUAAUAAUGAUUCACAUAAUAAAUGUAUUAAAGUUCACAGAAAGAGGGUGGCAAACACCAUAUCUUAAGUUAUGUCAUUAUUUUUAAAAGUCAACUUAAGUAGAAAUAUGUCCUAGAUUUAAUUUAGUAAAGCAAAAUGAAAACUCAGAGAAUUUUGUGAAAUUUAUUGUAACUUCUGCCAGAUUAGAGCAGUGUUACUAGGUUGUUUUAAUGUUUUUUCUUCUAUUAAACUCAACCAAGAAAGAAUAACUGUAAUGUUGUCAAGUCUCACUGUGCUUUACAUUCACACACGAACACAAAAUUAUAUUUCUAGAAGGAACCAAAGGUAAAUAACCAGCAUUUCCUUUAUCACUAAUAGACUCAGAAACUCUGGGAAGUUGAGUGUGCCAGUUGACAAUUUUAACUAUUCUAGUCACUUUUUAAUUGGAAUCUUAAAUAGAGAAAACUGUUAUGACAAGCCAGUUUAACCUCAUGCCCUGUAUCUAUUUGUGACCCUGCAUUUCAAAACAUGAUUCAGGAACCAGUAAGGAUAUUCUAAAGAAGGUAAUUUUCACUUUUUGCCUAUAACAUGAGUUUCCAGUUGACCGUUUUAUUUUUGAUGAUAUUAUUUUUGUUGGUGUAACAAAAUUAAUGGAAGAAAAAACUUUGCUUUUAUUUGAGUAUUGAGUACUAGCUAAUAAAACAUUAGAGGAAGUGAAGAAAUGUUUUGAAAUUUAGCAAAAUAGAGUAUUCAAGUCUCUGAUAUUUCAACAUGGUGAGUCUUAGCACUUCAGACUUUACUAUAAGGGAUAGCAUCUAAAAUUAUUCUUAUUUGUCACACAUGACACUUCUGCUGGCCACAAGCAGCUAACCUAAAGUGGAACUAUUUAUGUGACAUGACUAGCCUGUGUUUUAAAAAUUAAAUAUUUUAUAUAAAAUUGACCUGUGUUUGGAUAGUCUUUCUAAUUAAAAUUUCAGACAUAUAUCCAUGUUGGGACAGUGGCUGGGAAGACAGGGAAAUUGCUGACUUCGAAAUAGAAAACUGAAACUAUGCCUUUUAAUAACCUGUACUUUCUAAGACAGUGUAACAAUACCUUACAUAUGUAGAAGAAAAGGGAUGCCAGUUACACCAUAAUGUAGUGAUGAGAGGCCAGUUAUUGCAGGGUAAUCCCAGGCUCAGGUGGUGUUACAUGGAAACAGUGUGUCUUGUAACAUGGCAAAAUAAUCAGCCAAGUGUAAAUGUAUCUCUGCAAAACAGUAUUUCAGUUCAGUGAGUUUGGAUUAAGAAUAGCUGGAAAAUCACUAAUUAUUUAGGUUAUAAUCUAUAUUCUUGAGUAAAAUCUAAACUAAUUGGGAAGUUGUGGUAGAACAAGUCAGACUGCAGAUAAAAAAUGAACAUAAAAACAGUUAACUUAUGGAAAAACAUAAUUUUCCUGUGAAGUUUGUAUGUCUCAACAUGAAUUUUUCCUGCAUGGAAACAUCAGUAUGUCCCAAGAUUCAGUCUUUAUCUUUUGGAAAACUUAAAAGUAUUUUUAGAGAGUUGACUGACUGAGCUGCUUUAUGGAAUGUGAAACAAUGUGGCAGUUUAACUGUUUCCGCUUCUGUUAGCAAAUACAAAUGUAGUGACUAAACAUGCUAGUCCAGUUCUUGGGAUAUAUCCAUAAUCAUGAGGGAGAUUUAAUCAUGUUAUCUAUGAAGCUGGUAGAGUUUCUUGUAAAUGUAUGGAGGGAGAAGCUAGGUGCUUGUGCUUGAGUGAAUAAAUCAUGCUUGAGUGAACGUAGCAUGAAUAUUUGGGUAAAGUUUUAUAUUGAAAUUUGAAUGGAGAAAUAAGGUCCUGUAAGGAAGCAAGGCCAGAAAAUCAGUUAACAAUCUUUAACUUGAAUCUGACUAGUUCAUAAGUGCUGAGAUUUGAUGCAAACACCUGCAGUGUGGGUUAGAUGCUUCUGAACUGAAUCAACGGCCCCUGUGUGUGAAGGUUUUGGUGAAUUUGCUGUACGCUCACUCCAGGUUGUUUGCAGUGGAACUUAAAUGCAGGUGUUGAAUACAUACAUGUUUGGGAUGCUGGGUUGGCUAUUUUCAGCCUGAACUUGACCCACUAAUAGACCACAAUACAGCUGAAGAAAAGGCAAAGAGCUUAUUUUUUGUACCUGGUAUUGUCAGUGUGGUUCCUCUACACCUACACCACAUCUGAUUCUGCAGUAAUUUUUUUCAUUGCUUUUUUGUUGCAGCCUCAUUUAGCUCUGGCUGGCCUGGAACUCAUUAUGUAGUUAAUUAAGGCUGGCUUUGAGCUCCUGAUCCUCCUGCCUCUAUCCACCAACUACUAGUGUAAAGGUAGCUGCUACCAUGCUUAUGCAAUACCAACUUGUUACUAAGGAAACCCAAUAACCUGAUGAGUAUUAGACUAGACUAAUACUUUAUCUAAAUUAUUAAUAAUUUUUAAGGGCUAGGAUAUAGUUCUGUGAAUGCUUGCCUAGCAGGUACAAUGCCCAGGUUUAAUCCCUAGCGUGUACACAUACACACACAUACACACACACACUAAAAACUUGGUACUGCCAGGCAGUGGCAAAUGUCUGUAUCCUAAUGCUUGGGAGACAGAAGCAAAAAGUUUGAGGACAGCCUGGUCUACUUAUUGAGUUGGGAAUCAACCAGAGUUACAGGGGAAAACCCCAUUUUCUUUGACUAUAGAAAAAAAUAGGAAUAAUAAUUUUGAAAACUAGAAGUUGGUAUCAGUUGUAUUUCAUGUUUGUAGUUACUAAAAGGCUCCUGUGCAUUUUCUACAGGCUACACACAAAUUGAAACCAAGGCAUUAAAAAUGUAUUUCCUUUUUGCACAGCAGGAUUAGUAUCAGGCUUA